CAAGAGGUGACAGCUUUUAGCGCAAGCGUUUUCAUUUUACCACGGAGCAGGGCUCUUGUUGUAUUAUAAGAUAUUAUAUCCGUAUAGUCAGUGGCUGGUUCACUAGACAACGGAUCGCAGCGAACUUUUCAACUGUGCAAAAACGAAGAAAACUUUAAGAAGAUAUUCAGAUACUGCAAGUGACUUUUGUUUACGCGAGAUAUCGAAGCCGACAUCUGUUCAAAGACAGGGACCUGACGGAACUGUCAAACCGAGUUGUCUGCGAAGGAUCGAGAACCUAAUCGGAUUAAGGCUAAAUCCAGCAACGUCAGUCGCCCCCGGACAAGCUUACUCCUUUGCUGAGGAGCGUAAUCUUGAAAUCUGCGACACGACACACGAAAACACAACCGUUCGCGCCGCUCACGCCAGCUGCAUCAAACAGAGAGAGAUCAUCGAAAGAGCAACAGCAACUAGCAAGUGCGACAUGUCUCUACAGUUUAGUAUAGAUAAUAUUCUCGGCGGGAAGAUGAGCCAUUCCAACACAACGCAGGAAUCAGCGCCGAUUUCACCGAUUUCGACAUCGACUUCGAUGACACCUUACAUGCGGGCCUGGCUAUCCGCAGCUGCCGCCGCAAGCUACCCGAGCUCCAGUCUCGCAGCAUGUUAUUCGUCGUACCUUUAUCCCUACGUCACCUCGCCGCCGAGCCUCUACAACGCAGCUUCCGCGCCACUGCUGACACCAUAUGCAUUCGCUGCUGCCUCGUCUGGUGCCCAGGCGCCCAUGAUACACCCAGCCAUGCUAGGAGCUGCAGCCGCUCCUCCACCCCCAGGAUUUUUCUACCGGCUCCCAGCGAAGCGCAAGCGUCGUCACCGCACCAUCUUCACCGAGGAUCAGCUGGAAGCUCUGGAAAAUAUGUUCCAGAAGACUCAUUACCCGGAUGUGGUGAUGCGCGAACAGCUCGCAGAGAAGGUUGAGUUGAAAGAAGAACGUGUUGAGGUGUGGUUCAAAAAUAGACGCGCUAAGUGGCGUAAGCAGAAGCGUGAACGUGAACUGAUGAAAGCAGAGACGGGAAGCAGUGGUUCUGCGGCAUCGGACCACCCUCCGUCGAGCCCUGAAAGGGCACAGAGCGUGAGCCCAUGCCCACGUUACGGCGUGAGCGGCGGCAGUAGCUGCGACGAGAUGGAGUUUGGGGUCGGUGCCGGAGUUUUACCCAGGAUUGUGGUACCAGGCCAAAACCUCAGCGUUUCUGUUGAGUAAUUGACAGCUGCUCCAGGUCGAAUCGAGUAAACAACAUGUUCGUUAAACUUCAACUUCGGAAUCGGAACCUUUAUUAACCAGAUCCUUCUCACGCAAAUAUCUCGGCCCACACAAACGGUAUUGAUAAACCUUUCCCGUAAACAACCGCAAACCAGAGAAAUCUCCUCUUUUAAACGACGACUUCCCUUUACCGAUGGAUUGUGCUGGCGGCCGUAUCGGCCUUUGCCAACUUAACGACAUCGAUUCGACCACGGUGCAAGGUCGUGCACUGUACCUUGUGCUGGCCUUCACCACCCCUGCAACUCUUAAGUUAAUUGCCUUUCCGCCGAUGGCAUUGAUUGUCAGUCGCCUUUUUUAUACAGAAAAA